CCGGCUGCUCCGCUCGCUGCCAGCCGCGCCGGCCCCGCGCCCCAGCUCCGCGAGCCCCGCACCCCCAGGCCGGACGCGAGCCCCCGCGGCGCAGGAGCGACCCCUCCAGAAUGAAAAAGGCAAACGUUGACCUCACUAUGAAAAAGUUUCAAGGUUCACAGCAGUGUCGUGUUCAGUGGAAGCCAUGUGGGUGACCAGUCUUCUGGCCCUCUGUGCCCUAGUGGCUGCAGUGCCCUCGGAAGAUAAGAAGCUGAGUGAUAAGGCAGCCGCCUUAGCUGACCGCAGCGCAACUCUCGCCUUCAACCUCUACCACACGAUGGCUAAAGACAAGAACAUGGAGAACAUCCUCGUGUCUCCCGUGGUGGUGGCCUCCUCGCUUGGCCUGGUGUCACUCGGUGGCAAGGACACCACAGCCUCUCAAGCCAAGGCCGUGCUCAGCGCCGACAAGCUGAACGACGACUACAUUCACGGUGGGCUGUCGGAGCUCCUGAACGAGGUCAGCAACUCCACCGCCCGCAAUGUCACCUGGAAGCUCGGGAACCGCUUGUAUGGCCCCAGCUCCAUCAGCUUUGCUGAUGACUUUGUGAAGAGCAGCAAGAAGCAUUACAACUAUGAACACUCCAAGAUCAACUUCAGGGACAAGAGGAGCGCCCUGAAAUCCAUCAACGAGUGGGCAUCCCAGACCACCAAUGGCAAGCUCCCAGAGGUCACCACGAAUGUGGAGAAGACUGACGGGGCCCUGAUCGUCAACGCCAUGUUCUUCAAGCCUCACUGGGAGGAGAGGUUCCAUCACAAGAUGGUGGACAACCGUGGCUUUAUGGUGACCCGUUCUUACACAGUGGGAGUUCCCAUGAUGCACCGCACAGGUCUGUACAACUACUUUGAUGAUGAGGCAGAGAAACUUCAGAUUGUGGAGAUGCCUCUCGCUCACAAACUCUCCAGCAUGAUCUUCAUUAUGCCCAACCACGUGGAGCCACUGGAGAGAGUUGAGAAGCUGUUGACCAGAGAGCAACUGAAAACUUGGAUCGGCAAGUUGAAGAAGAGAGCCGUGGCCAUUUCUUUGCCGAAAGUCAGCUUGGAAGUUAGCCAUGAUCUUCAGAAACACUUGGUGGACCUUGGCUUGACUGAAGCCAUGGACAAGAACAAGGCUGACCUGUCCAAGAUUUCAGGCAAGAAAGAUCUCUACCUUUCCAACGUCUUCCAUGCCGCGGCCCUCGAGUGGGACACUGAGGGGAACCCCUUUGAUGCUGACAUCUAUGGCCGAGAAGAAAUGAGGAACCCGAAACUCUUCUACGCCGAUCACCCAUUUGUCUUUGUGAUCAAGGACAAUAAAACCAACUCCAUUCUUUUCAUUGGCAGGCUAGUGAAGCCCAAAGGGGACAAAAUGCGCGAUGAAUUGUAGUUUGAAUUUUCAGGUUUUGGCAGGGUUUUUUAAAUGGGGAAAUGUUCUUUUGUAUUCUCUACGAACUGAUGGGUGCUAGCCGGACCAGCGUGCAUUUUGAUGUUAAAUCCAGCAUACUUUACCUUGCCAGAAUAUUCCACCAAAAGAAAAUGCGUGGGAGGAACCGGGGUGGAGGGAGGGAGGGGGGUGAAAGGCCCAGGAAUGAUGAGAGGGAGCAAUUCACUGGGAUUCUGUUCCCAAUCAGUGGUACAUCUGCUGAGAUUUUAGGUUAUGGUCUGUGUCGUCUUCCUCCUUCCUGCAGUAGAAUAAAUCCUUAUGCCAAGCAUGAUGGCACCAGCUGCCAGGAUGCAAACUGUCAGCUGAGGCCACAGUAAAGGUACCAGCCCACACAGUUGCGUCAUAGUCUCUGUUAUGCCCCUUGUUCUAGACACAUGGAGCGCUGCUUCCCCAUCCUUCUUCCCUGAUAUCUUCCGUCAGGUUUGUGCUUAGGGGACAGCUUGCCUCCUGCCACACAUAGAUUGUUCCUGGUUCCUUGUACUGUGGGUUUCUUGGCUGAGCUGGAAGCCAGGGGGCCGAUCCCUUUAUCUGUUCGCUCCUUGAAGUUCUUCUGCCUGCAUCUUGCUUGUUAAAGAGAGGGGCAGGGACUGAGUGUGCUCCCGCUUUGCAAUGGAGGCACUGCUGCCAGAUGCAGAUGUAAGGAGAGAAGUGAGCCUCCAGGAGUUAGUUUAACCAUUUUGGUUACUUUAGGAGAGGGAAACAGACUGUAAGAGCCAUACAAGUCAGUAGGUGCUCUGAUGCAGGGGCCCACCUAUGAACAUAGAUACAAGUAGAAUUUUCCCUGUACCUUCUAAACCACUUAGCCACGCUCUGAAAUGUGUGUUAUCUUCCCCCCAAAUACUUCCAGUUGAACACAAAGUAAAAACCUCUCCACUCCUUACCCAUGGACAGCUGAAAUCUUGCAAAAAUCUGCUUCUCUGGGAAUACUCUAUUUAAAAAAAAAUCCACCUUAAAUCACUCAGCAGUGAGAUGUCUCAGCAAAGGGGCCAAGGACAGCAUGGGCCAUAGAGAUUAAAAGACCCUUUUUCAGGUGGUCCCUUCAGCAGAGGUGAGGUGCAGCUGGGGGAGGGGUGAUUUGCUCUGCAGCUAGCAUGCUCUAUCUGCUCUGUGGAUCAAGAGGAUUUCGGGCUGGGGGGCUACCAAGCAGCCAACUCUCACCAGCACUGGGCCCACCCUCGAAAGGUUUCAUUAGCCCCUUAGAAAGGAGGGGAGGAAGUUCACGUCUCGUGGUGCUUCUGUUUCAGUUUGUCAGGAUAGACUGGGCAAGAAACACAGUUUAUAUUUUGAAGAUUUCUCUCUGCAACUAGAAAGUUAGAGCCCAAACCAUCUCCCAAGGGGAAGACUCCUGCUGACACCUCUCAGUGGGAGCUGGCUCAGACCCUUCAUUUCCUUUUUCUAAAAUAGGAAGGCUUUAGAUCUUCCAUAGCCUGGCUUCCUAAAGACCUUUUCUACACAUUCCUCUUUCCAAGAGGGUUCACUCCCCAAUGGCUGACCUGCCUAGGGCACAUAAGGUAACAUUUGUAUUUAUAGCUAGGCAUUUUUAUAUUUAUUGGUGGGAAGUUUCAUGAUCCAACUCCAGCCUAGAGUUGAUGGAUCAAAGUGAAUUUCCUCAAGGGACAUUAUCAGGUUGAAGCUUGUAUUUAAAAAAAAAAAAAUGGUCCUGAUCCCACAAAUUCCUAAGUGUGUGUCUAACACUUCUCUCUCUCUCACUGUCACAGCAAAACUGGAACAAAGGGUUAGAUUUUUUUUUUUCUUCAGUUUAAUCUACUUUCUAUGUCACUGAAGCUGAUUGCAGUUAGGGUGGACAGGGAAACUGGACUGGUUACAGUCACUUUCUAGUCUAUUUCACUUUCAAGUUCUCAAGCACAAGCCCAAUCCUGCAGCAUCUGGAUUUCAGAGGCUGACAGAGGUUUAAUUGGUAAAUUUGACUUCCACAAUAGUUUUAAAAAACCCAGCCUUUCCUGUUGAUCUGAAUUUUGGGUAUAUACCUAAAUCUGGGGGCCAAGAUUUGACCUGAUCUUGUCUCUUUAAGUAGAUGAUGUUACAAAAGUAAAGUGAAGCAUAUAUGCCAAAAUCACAUACAAGUCAGCCCAGAGGGCAAUGCUGUCCUUAACACCUCGAGUUUGAGUUUUGACAAUCAUCUCCAACAGGGUGGGGGGUGGGUGAGGCAUGUAUCAGAAUGCACAAAAUAUUGCAGUGUGCAUGCUCAGACAAAUCUGUGCACUGAAACCCAUGUCUGUUGCACAAUUAUACAGGAUGGGGGUGGGUGGGAGUGUGGAAAACACUGGGAGAGUGUCUAUUUGCAUCAUGUGAAUGGAAGUGUCAGCUUUUUUCCCCCUGUUUUGAAUUCUUGUAUCACAAAACUAUGAGUUGUAUAAUUUUGCAAUUAAACUUUUUCAAUUAA